GGAAAGACAAAGGGCGCGGCUGUCGGGCACGAGCAGCGGCCAUUUCUUUUUUAGAUUGAAACCCGGUCUGCCUAACGAUAACUAAGUAGGAGCUGAGGUUCUUCUUUACGCUACUCGUCCGGCAUAGUCAUGGCCAUUGACUGGCUCUCCCCGUUGGCCGCCAAGCUCCUCGUUGAGCUGCCUGAUAACGCGUCCUCUUCGAGUAGCAGCCCAACUGUCGAAGAUGUCUCGAACCAGUACCGCAGCUUGUGCCAUGAAAUGUUCGGGAGUACCACCAACACGACGGACACCAACGCCGGCCACAACAUCUUCUGGAAGCUCACUUCGAGGGGAGCACCAGCAAGAACGUCAUCAAAGGGUAGUACAUCGACGUCGCAGGUCCAAGCCUCCGCCGACAGCCUUGGCAAACUGUUGUUCUACUGGCGCGAAAAUUUUCUCGCGCUCCCGAGCGAAAACCGAGACCGGCUCUUCUGGGCGUUGCUCCGGUACCACAACCCCCUGUUCACCCGCUCGUUGGAGGUCUGGGGCUACUCUGCCGAGAAUCUCGGCGUGCUCGGCGACCGCCUGGCCGCAGAUUUCCGGUUGGCGGUCUUCCACCCGCGCAAGCUGCUACAGUCUCCGCAGGCGGAAAGCAGCCUGAAAAUUCUCGGCUCUUUGGUCCCCGUGCAUCUGGUCUUCCGGCUGUUGCGGAAAUUCCAAGCGAUCCAAACCUGCGUGUCCCACGAAGAGAUCCGGGAGGUUUUGGCGGAGGGGUUUGACGAGUUGGAUAAAGAGCCUGUAGCUUCGGCGAAUUCGGAAGAAGAAAAAGAGGAGGCUUCUUCAAUUCUUUCAGACUACCUGUACACCUAUCAAUCCGUCUUGAGUACAACUUCCAGCGCGAGCGCGGAAGACGCGAAGAUAAGUCCCGAGGAAGCUGGAGGAGGAAAAUGUCACGACAACAAACCACCAGACGACGAGCAGCGCUUUUUCGCCCGCGUCGUCCUCCGCACCCCGGACAUCUUCUUUCACUAUUGGACCGAACUCUGUGUUGGUCACCGCCCAACCGUGGUUAGUCCAGACCACUCCGGCCUGCACUGCGGGUUUCGAACCUGUCUGGGGUUGACGGUGUUGUCCGCGCACCCGGAAAACGCGUGUAGAUUGUUGACAGGGGUCGCGUCAAUUACAUCAGCUUCUUCCUCUUCGGCGGCUGCAAGUAGCGACGCACAGAAGUCCUCGGCGGCACCAGAAACUGGUGCAGAAGUGGAUGCAUCCAGCCAGAAUCGCCUGACAAGCUGGAACCGGUUCGCGCCGCUUUUUCCGGCGUCUUGUGUGGCCGGAGCGCUAGCCGGAAUUCAGCUGGUGGACUGUCGAACGGGGUCGGAGCUGGCAGCCAGCUUAGUGGUCGAGAAAGAAAGACAGUAAGUACAUCUUAAUCUGAGGACUGGGUCGCUUUCGCUUACAAUUUCCUAGGUCAUGAUCCUCGUUGCAUGGUUUUUGUCACUCAUGCUUGUUUCGCUGCAGAUAGGCAUACGUAGGAAACGAAAAAGGAGUGCGCUUGUUGUUGUUGUGUCUUGUGAAACAAAACUUUGAUCCUACAUCAUCGCGAUUAUUCCAUCAGACCUUCUCCUGACGACUGGUUUGCGUCGGACGGCAGCAGCGACGAGGAGGACGAGGAAGGAACGGAUUCCGCCACAUCAGACCUUCCAUCUGGACAAAGAACCAAGGGCGGCCGCAACCUCACCGUGCCCGCGAACAGUCGCAUCCUGGGCAGUUUGGAAAUCGCGGCUUCGACCCAACUCGAAGACCUCCGCUCCCUGGCCGCAACCUUGGAAUCGCAUCGGGGAAAAUUUCUUUGCCUGUUCGGGCAGAACCAGCCCGGAGUGAUCGUGAACUUGUCGCGGGAGCUCGGGUUUCCCUACGUUUUGUCACUGGAGGGGGAUUUUGCGGAGAUCUGCAAGGCCUUGGCAAAAAUCGACAAAGAGGACGAUUAUUUGUUGAUGCCACAAAAUAACGUCGACGGACACGCAAGUGGCCAGAUGAAUGGCACGACGACCAAAAACUGGUCUACGUGGCUCACGAACGCGGCGACGAAUCUGGACAACGCGUUGCUGUCGAUGGACGCAAAGGUGCAAAGUGCGUCGAGGCAGUUUGAGAAGAAGGCGAACGUGAUUUUGGAUCAGGGACAGAAGAAAAUGGACGAGCUGUACAAGAAGAAUUUCGACUUUCAACCGGAGGACAGGGCGGGGGUCGUGGAAGAUUCUUCACGACCUGGUGAGGUGGAAGAACAAGGCGCGGCAGGUGUGGCAGAGCCUGGCGUUAAUAGUUGUACCAUUGCUGCUGCGUCCUCGUCCUCCGCCUCGAGUAGUAGUGCAAGUCCAGCAGCACCAGCGCCACCUCCACCCCCUCCACCAGACGACGACUCCGCGUCACACACUUCGAGCUCUGCCGGCAGCUCUUCUGCGGCCACAGCGAACAAAAUCCUUGAAACCGGAUCGUCGCUGUUUUCCAGUUUCAAAGGCCACUUGAAAAAGGCCCAGGACCAGAUGCAGACGCACCUGGCAAAUGCGAGUGCUGCGAACGGGAAUAUGAAACUCGGGGAAAUAAAUAAAUCUGCGCCAUCCGGAGCAGCGGGGGACCAGACAAGUGGAACAUCAAAGGGACCGCCACCCCCACCGCCCCCUGCUCCACCAAGCAGCUCCACUGCCAGUGCAGCUCCCACAACCUCCUCCGCGGCGACGACCGAAGACGACAGAAGUGUGAAAACGACCUCCAACGAAGCGUCGUCGUCCUCCCCCGGGGACGAAAUCUACUCGACGAGCGACAUGUUCAGCGGGUUGCAGGGGGCUGCACAGGGGCUGUACAAGUCGUAUGUGACCACGUCGGAAAACAGGGCAGGUGGAACUGAAACUGCGGCAGCACCUGGGCUGGGGGACGGCUUAGCAGGAGUGGAUCCAGAUACAGGAGUUUUUGGCGGAGCGACAAAAGACGGCGACCAACAAGACCAAGGUGCGUCAAACUUACUCCAGGAGGCCAUUGCCAACGUGAAAAACAAGGUCCCGCUGGUUGUAUCGUCGUCGUCCGCGGAAAGUGCUUCCUUUUCGAAACCGCCGCCACCACCCGGAGGAGGCAGCUCUACUUCCGAACGGAACGAAGGGAAGCCUGGGGGGAUGAUGGCUUCGCUGAAAAAAUCCUUGUUGCAGCAACAAAGCAAGAUGAAUGGGACUACUACGGACCAAGCUAAACAUGCGAAGAAGAAAUCGUCUUCCAAAGACCUUCUCGACGACGACACCUUCGCGAUUGAGUCGUCAGAGGAAGAAUCUAGUGCGGACGAAGCAGAAACGAAACCUGGCGCAGCUGCUGGUGUCAACGAUUUACACAAGACGAGCAACAGUGCCGCUCCGUCGGCCCACUCGGCAGCGGUGGCAGCGACGAGUUCAUCUUCAGCAGGCGGCGAUAGAAACAAGGUCGAUGGCGACCUGCUCUCUGCAAGUUCGCCUACUUCCUCAAGUCUUCAAGCAGGAGCUCCACGCCAGCAACCUUCGCCCGCACCGCCCCCGCCGAGGGAAAUCGGCGUGGAGCAGCUAGCCGGGUUUAGGAAGGGGGAUUUGAUUCCGAAGCAGGACCUCGACAAAUUACUUCGGUCCUCCCUCGCAAAUUCCUUUGAGGUGACAAAAUUCCGGAGGCCAGCUGGGGGCAUUGGGCUCGGGGGAGGAGCAGCAGUUGCUGCUGUUCCGGCAGCACCACCACCUGUAGCGGCAGAGCAAGUGCAAGGAACCUCCUCGAGCUCUUCAAAGACCUCGUCCUGGUGGGAGCGAGCGAAGAAAAACAUUCAGGAGUCCACGAAAGCGGCCACGCAAGUCGCUUCCGGAAUGAUUGCGGGCGACGCCCUGGCGUUUCACGAGCGACGGCAGAGGCUGCUGAUCCUCACACUGAACUACAUGCUCCUCGUGUCCGAAAAGGAGGGAGGGGCUGCACUAGAGGCACAUGAUCCAACACAGACCUCUAGUACUUCGGGAGUUGUACUAGAGUCAACUUCUACAACCCCGCCGCGGCGCUACAUGGUCGUGCAUUCAUGUCGUCGGAUAAACACGAUCCGGCGGUUAUCCUUCGAAGAAGAGAGGCCGAAGAGGUUACAGGUCGAAUACAAAAACAAAGCGAUCAUCAACAUCUACCACAUCGAGGAGAGUGACAGGUUCAUGAAAGUUCUGCAGUCCCAACUGAUGGCCCUGAACAUUGGCAUGAAGAAUGUCGGAAGUGGAAGCACAUAAUGAGUGUGAAGGAGCUGAAAAAGAACUAUCUGCGGGUGCAUAUGACAGACACGAACGACAAAAAUAGUUUUUCAAAAGAAACAAAAGACUAGACGCGAGGUUCGAGGAACCAGUACCGUGCUGUCAUAGGUAGAU